CUCCGCCCCGGAAAAGUCCCUCUCAGGCGGCGGCGCGGCGGAUCCCGGUCCCGCGAAGAUGGUGCGGAAACUGAAGUACCACGAGCAGAAGCUGCUGCGGCGGCUGGACCUGGUGAACUGGGAGGCGUCGGGCGGGAACUUGGCGGAGGUGCGGGCGCUGCGGCGGUACCGGGUGCAGCGGCGGGAGGACUACGUGCAGUACAAGGCGCUGGCCCGCGCCGUGCGCGCCCUGGCCCGGCGGCUCCGCGACCUGGGCCCGGCCAGCGCCGCCUUCCGCGCCCGCUGCGCCGCCGCGCUGCUGGAGAAGCUGCACGGGCUGGGGCUGGUGAACAGCCGGCAGUCGCUGGCCGUCUGCGAGAGCCUCUCGGCCGCCGCCUUCUGCCGCCGGCGCCUGCCCUGCCUGCUGGUGAAGCUGCGCAUGGCGCAGAACCUGCGCCACGCCGUCACCUUCGUGGAGCAGGGGCACGUCCGCGUGGGGCCCGAGGUGGUGACAGACCCCGCGCUCCUCGUGCCCCGCGCCGUCGAGGACUUCAUCACCUGGGUGGACGCGUCGCGCCUGCGGCAGAAGGUGCUCGACUACAACCAGGAGCGUGACGACUUCGACCUGGCCGCCUAGGGCUGCCCUGCUCACAGGACACGCACACCGAUAAGACCACGGUGAUGCCACCACGGGAUAUUCACACGCCUGCAAAGGGAGCCAGAAGGAAACUGUGUGCUUCCAGUGUCGCAUUGACCUGCUCCUGGCUCCCUUUCACAGCUCAUGGUUCCAUUCGUCCAUGCAGAGGAACAACCUUUACACAUACAGUGCUUCGAGAAUACAUCCAGUGGCCCGGCUUCAUCGUUGUCUCCAUCAUCAACCCUGGCAUUCCCAGCUUCACUGUCAGCCCAGCAGCUCAGCUCCAUCAUCAUCCCCAAUGUUUCCAACUCCAUCAUCAUCCCUGGCAUGCUGUCCUGGUUCAGGGCAAAUUUUCCUUCUCCCCCACUCUUCACUCUCAGAUCUAGUUUUAAAGAUCUUAUUUCAGAACUUAUUUCUGGGCUAAAGAGACAGAUGGGAUACCAGCAUCACCCCAGGACACAUCUCAGCUCCAUCAUCAUCCCCAGCGUGCCCAGCUCCCUCAUCCUUAAAAGUGCAUCUCCAUCAUCCUUACAUCCCAUAAAGCAAAAGUGCUUGGAAAAGUCUCUGCCCAGUCGCAGGAGAGGAUUUAGGUCAGGCUCAAGUGCUUGGCAGCUUAAUAGUAGCUGCUGGAAGGGGUUUUAAGCCAAGCCUAGUGGCUGUUUUAAGAUUGAAUUUAGCUGCUUCGCUGCUCUUUGUCCUGGUUCCUCCUUCAGCUGUUGAAUGCACAGGAAUCAGAUUACUUCUGGAAGGGUUUCCCAUGAUAUCAAGGAAAAAGGAGGGGAUUUCUGGGGGUCAGCAGUAAACAAGAAGGCCAAAUACAGUGUUUCUGGAACUGUUAAAAAUUUUAGCCAAAAACAGAAUUAAAAACAAAACAAACAAAAACAUUUUGUCAUGUGAAAUUGUGAAGGGAAGUUUGAUGCUUUGAGUUGUAUCUUUGAUGUGUGGGGUUCCAGAUGACCAUUAGGCAUCAUUUGUGAUCCAUCAUAAAUGGAUCUAACUGGGGAGGUGUUGGAGCAAAAGCUGAUCUUACCUGCACAUUUGGGGGAACUUUUGCAUUAGGCACAUUAGCCAGGGGCUGUUGGGAACUUUGUUCUCUUUUGAUUAAAAAAAAAAAAAAAAUAAAACUGUUGGGGUUUUUUAGUUGGUAAAGAAAUGUGUGGACUGCUUUAUUAUAUAGUUUCUCUGAGUUUAUUCUGAUUUUUAAAUGGUCCAGUAAGCCCUGUUUGCCACCUUUCAGAACUUUUUUUAAAUUUAAGUUUUCAUGUCACUUAUGUAAGUCUGGUUUUAUUUUAAUAGCUAGAGGGCUAUUACUGAGUUGUAACGUGUUUAUCCUAGGAAUGCUUUCUUUCCCUUAGCCAGGGCUAUGAAAGGAUUUGGCAGUAGGUUUAGGAGCAGAGCUGUGACUGUCCAUCCCAAAUCCAAAGAGCUGGAGUGCAGCUACUGUCAAAGCUCUGGAUGUGGAUGCCUUAGUGUGGCUUUUUUGAACAAUAAAAAUGUUCAAGUGAG